CUACAUUCACUCAGUCUUCGUUUUAUUGUGGUUCGUGUCAGUGUAAUCAGAAAUAUUUUGUAUAGAGAACAUAGGAUCUCUCAUGCUUCGCUUAGAGUUACCUCAUAUAAAACAAGAAUUUGAUUGGGACUGUGGGCUUGCUUGUGUUCAAAUGGUGUUACGCCGAAUUCGCGGGAAUCGGUUAUCAAAAACAGAAUUUGAAGACGUCUGCAAAGAUUUGGGAUUUGGCAACAGUGUAUGGACGAUUGACCUAGCCAGUAUUUUCGCGUACUAUGGCAUGAAAUGUGGUUUCUUCACAGAGACUCUAGGCGUUGAUAUAGCCUACAAAAGCAAUUCGUUCUAUUGUGAAACUUUUCAAAUGGAUUCGAAUCGAGUGAAUCGAUUGUUUCGCAAGGCAAAGAAGCUCGGAAUAGACGUCGAAAAGAGGGUUGUGUCAUUGGAAGAAAUCCUUGAAAAGCUAAGCAGUGGAUAUGUUGCUAUAGCAUUAACCAACUCCUACAUGCUCCACUGUGAUUGGUGCACACCUCUGGACACCUAUAGCAUGAUAAUGGCAUCUUACUGUUCAAAGUGUACUGGACUAGAUAAUUACAAUGGACACUUUGUCAUUGUGUGUGGAUAUGACUUGGAUUCAAAGUGUUUCUACUACAAGAACCCUUCCAAGGAUGAGAACCUCUGUCGCAUGAAAUUCCAUGCAUUUGAGUCAGCAUGGCAUUGCUUUGGCACUGAUAGCGACAUUGUGUUCAUUGAUGUAAACCAAGAGAGGAGUCGAAAGGAUAGUUCAUCUUUUAAGCCUGUGAUUUCCAGUUCAAUACAGGACUACAAGGUAGAACAGAUGGUAUUAGGAUAAAAUUCCACUUAUGUAUAUUAUUAUAAAAGUCCAUAUAAUCUUUAUAGCACAUAAUCUUUAUAGCAAUCUUGCGAAAAAUUGAAUUUGAAUACCGUAAAAGACCUAAUAAACGCCCCAUAUCUAAAAAACGCCUCUGAUCUAAUAAACGCCCCCUCUAAGCCUACAAGUUUGUAAUGAAUGCCCACUCUAUUAAACGCCCCUCCCCUCCCCCGCUCUUUUCCCUGCCAGCUUAAAAACAAACGACAUAGGAAUUCUGGAAAUAAAAAUGGUCAAGUUCAAAAUAAGGGUACCGCUGUCUAACGUUCCUGAUCUCAUUGCUUAGGAUGUCAGCAACUUUAUUUCGUUUUGUCUUCGCAGUGUAGCAUCCAGGAAUAAGGCCUACUUCUCGUUUCCGUUUACCGCAUACUUGCACCAUUAAAUCAUUGCAUUUGUCGCAUGGUAAAUGCUUGCUCACAGGCUUAAGUUUAAAGUGAUCCUGGCUGAGACUAGAACCCCACUGCGUUUGGGCAGGGCCGUAGCCAGCAUGAGGCAAGUGAGGCACUCGCCUCGGUAAAAUUUUGAUGAUAAGUGUUUCACAAUUGAAAAGUAUGAGAUAAAACACCUGCUUUUGUCAGAUUUAUCAUCCAGUGGCUAGCUUUGCCUCGGUGAAAUUUUGAUUUUGGUUACAGGCCUGUUGGAUUUGUUAUAUUUUCAUAGUUUGUACAGAACGCCCCUUUCUAAUAAAUGCCUUCUAUCUAAUGAACACCCCCCCCCCUCCCCCUCGGACCAUCGAAAUUUAAUUAACGCCCCGGGCGUUUAUUAGGUCAUUUUUUUACGGUUCCCCCAAAAUUUUUUAUAAUGCUAUCUUAUAUCAUACUAAAACAAUGAAAAUUUCCAAAAUCUUGCAGAUUUUACUUGUGAGAAUGUGCAUCUAUUGAUAUUCAUAAGCUGGUUAUCAUUUGAUCAAGAAUCAACUAGAAAGGUUAUUUGGGAUAUCUAAUUAAAGUUACCUGGAUAUCUUAUAACUAUCUUUGGAGAUUGUUAUGGCUUUUAGGAUGCCUUGAUUUGGGGUCGGCAUUAUUGUAUUUGUCUUUUCUUUGCCAGAAUAGUGGUACUGAUCAUUUUUAGUGUAGUACACUUCCUAUUAAAGGAUAGAAUGUAUAUAUAUAAGAAAACCCCUUUGUGAUGUUAAUCGAACAAAGUUUAUAAAGGGAUGGAGAGGACAUUGAUGAAAUGGUAUUAGUUAGAAAGUUAAUCAUUGUCCAUAGCUCUAUCAUGAGCUCGAGCCCAUGAUACAGUAAUGUUCAUAUUGCUUGUAUGUACUAGAUUAAAAGUUCAGACAAGAAAAUGAAAGAAAUUUAUUAGCUUAUUGUUGCUAACAUGUAGAUGUGUUUUAGUACAAUAAAUCGCAACAAAUCAAAGUUGUUGUAAAGGAGAUGUAAA